AUGAAACGACUAUUCCGUAAAAAGUCAAGUGGCGAGGAUUUUUCUCCAGAGAGAGUCCUUGCGACUCGCACUAGAAGCUACAGCUUUCCUCUGGAAAAUACUUAUGAAGUUUUACACAGUCCUAGGGGCACUUCCUUUCCAAGUACUCCUCUGCUAUCAGGAAAUGUUUUUGCAUUUUCCGGAAAUCACCGGCCAUAUAAUGACCCCGAUCAGGUGGUCGAUCCUCUAUCAGCUGAUGUGCAAUCUGUUGCUUUGUCAGAGGCCGAAACAUUGUUUGAAGAGAAAAGAACGAGGUUGCAUCUUCAAGAAACCUACUUGGAUAAUUUCACCCAUUACUUGCCAUUCUUACUCCUGCGACAGCGGUUUGCAUCUACUGAGUACUCUCUGGAUGACGCUACGUCUCCAUCGGAACAGGCACCAGCUUCGAAUAAUCAUGGCGUGAUCAAUGGCGACGCAGGAUUGACAUUUGACUCUGGCGAUGAUCUUCCUACAAUGAUUGACGAGCCCAUUGAAGAGAAUGAUACAACAGACAGCGAGGAUAAAAUACUAACGAAAUCUUUGCGUAAUUUUACUGUCAAGCGAGAAUGCAUUUUGGCCAGUGAGCUCUUUAAGGGUAAUUCGUACGUGUUUCCUUCAAUGGAAUCGUUUCAGCUUUUUCGACAGUUGAGAUCUAAUUUGAAAAAGUCUCGAAAAAGCUCCACCUAUCUAUAUGAUAGAGGUGGAAGUAUUAAGAUGCAGCCAAGUCGGUCAAGGAGCAGCGUAGACGAUGGAGACAUAAUUGAUGAGCGACAGCACCUAAUUCCAUUAAAUUACAAGAUUAAGGGACAAGGACUUCCUCUAUUGAAAUUUUACGUCCCUUACAUGCAAUCUUUCCGUCGAAGUACUCCAUUCAUCAUAUUUAAGCGAUUCAAGGAAAUACCUGAACCACCUGAAAAUAACGAAAAGAUCGACUUGAACCCUGAAAACGACUUCGAAACUUACACGUAUUGUACUGUGAACACAAAGUAUAGCCAAGAUCUAAGGCGUUACAUUUUUAAUUUUACCCCCGCUGGUCAGGAGGAAUUUCAAAUUCUUGUAUUUCAGCACAACAUGAAACCAUUUGCUGAUUUCAAUUACAAAGAUACUCGGUUUCGUGUCGUGGGAACUACCCUAGCUACUGGAUACCUUGCCAGCUACAGCCCCAGAAUGAAACUAAUGGUCAUUGACAGCAACAAGCCAUCAUUAUGUGAUAAAGUAAUCGAAAGGAAAGGAGGAUUCGAGUUGAGGUCUAUAAUGAAAAAGAAGACAACAACACCAAAGAGUGAACCUCAAUACUCCGGGCUAAGAAACCCCUUUCCUGAACCAUCCUGUCCCCUUCUCGACGACAACCAUUUGGACUUUGCGAUCGCACAUAGUCAAACUGCAAGGUACGUUCCCAGGUCAAAGCCACCCUUUGGUGCAUUUCAAGACUCAAUUGUGUACGAUGUUACACCCACACUUUUGCCAAAGAAAUAUAGUGAGUCUGGUAAGUUUGAAGUCUACCAGGAUGGAUUGUCGUUACCUGAUCAGGACAUUGAUAGUACGUUGAGCGUGGACACUGACGUAUUAGUGCUCAAUUGCAUACUACUUUCACUUCGAGAGGCGGGUAUUAGAAGUGCAAAUAGAGGUGCCACCAAUAGUGUAGGACUAAGUCCUGGCCUUCGCAUGCUCUCCGGCUUUGCUGGAGCAGCUAAUUAG